AUGCUCUCGGCCUCUCGCCCUCCUUCUUCUCGUUCCAAUCGUUCCGAUAUGAGAGGUCGUGCACCACUGCCGGUCCCCUCGGGGCUCCAAAAUGGCCACUCCCGCAAUCCCUCAAGUCUCGAUAUGGCUCGCAGCCCACCCAACCCGAGCAACAAAAAUACCAAACAUGUUCCCUGCAAAUUUUUUCGUCAGGGUGCCUGUCAAGCUGGCCCCGCUUGUCCAUUCCUGCACUCGACCGAUGCUGCGGUUGACUACGCCCCCUGCAAAUACUUCUCCAAAGGUAACUGCAAGUUCGGCGCUAAAUGCGCACUAGCACAUAUCCUUCCCGAUGGACGCAGAGUGAAUCGACCAACUGGGGGUGGUGGUGGCGGUGGAGGCAUGGGAGUUGGAGGCAGCCACCUGAACUUAGGUGGCCGUGUUAAUCCGCAGGCAUAUGUGAACCAGGACUCCGCCUUGACGAACUCCGUUCUUUCGCAGCAGCGUAUGAACGGCCAUGAACCGCGAUAUGCUCCCCAACCAGAAGAUUUCCCCACCGUACAUGGAUCACAGCAAGUUCCUCCCUACGAUUCCAUUCCAACAAUCGAUGCGGGACUGGCCUCCGAUACCGGUUCGAAGUACGGCUCUCCAGUAGAGGAUGUGCGCUUCCCCAUGUCACCAAAUCACCAACAUCUCACAGCUCUGGAUGCGCCUCUUCCAGCUUCAUUCGAUAGUCAGGGUAUCUCUCAUGCCGCUCGUUAUGGUCCGGUGGCUGCCUCGAUGCCCUCUAAAUUUGGCCUGGAGCUACCCGGUCCCUCCGAUGCAUUCCGGAACUUGCGUGAUAUUGGUUUUAGCUCCGAGCUGCGCAAGCCAUCAUCUCACAUUGGAUCGUCUCCUCCUGCGCCAGAGGAUACUUUCGGCCCCAGAUUCUUACACUCAUCUCGCCCCGUCAAGUCCCGCAUGCUGUCGGCUAGCGUGCCCCGGCCUACCGCUCUCGAUGAUUGGGAUGAGAAUUUCCCUAUGGAGGAGGAUUACUUGCCAACGAGCCUGCACGACGAUGUUCUUACUCCUCAGGAAAAGUUGCGUCGUCUUUCUCGCACAGAUCAUGACAUCAGCACUAGCCAUCGCGAUAUCAGUGGCCUCGGUAUGAGCAGCAGCUUCUCCAAGAAUGGCUCGCCUCUCGCGUCAAGCCCCUCGCGCUUUGGUGCUCUAUUUGCUAAGCAACGCCAGAAGAAGGAUGACGAUGCUGUCGGCUCUUCUUUCCCUCAUAUUGGCUCCCCUCUGCGUGAAUCCGCGUUCAACUCCGUAACCAGCCCCAGUCUCGGUCCUAUCGGUAGCCGAUCCUCCCACGAUGGCUCUCCAUUUUUCUCUAGCCCUGGAAGACAAUCAUCUAUGUCCAUGAUCUCCGAACAGCUCAGUGGCAUUUCUCUUCACCCAGGCUCUGCCCGACACUUGGCAGCUCCUGGACGGCUGGACCGCACCAUGUCUUCGGGUACUACCAGUAAGAUCGAAGAGGAGGAGGAAAACAACGACCUGGUCUUCUCUAUGGAAGAAGAAGAGGGUAACAAGCGCAGCGGCUCAUCCUGGAACUCUGAAGAGACCAAGGAAAGUUCCACCGACGCCUAA